AUGUGGUUGCACCCCAUUAGCAACCCAAGAUGCAUACUGACAACAGUUCCUUAUUCAAAAGCAUAUGGUACCCUUGUGGUGGACCUCAAUGCUGGAAACAGUCGGUAUUCCAACCUCAUGCUGCACUUUUCUGCUCCUAGUCUACUGGAUGAUACCUAUAAUCUCCCAUUGCACUUCGGAAAAAGUCCUUUCAAGCUUAAUAGUGCUGCAGCAGGAAAAAGGGAUGUGGAAUUUGUAAGCAAUUUGGAUAAGGUGUCCAAAGUCAAUCUGCCUCCCUUUGAUAAGUAG